UUACGUCAGGGUUUCAUUUUUAUCAGCGCAGGAAGAUCAGCUGUCAAAUAUUAGCAAAGUUUGUUGCUUGGCUUGCAGUACAAGUAAAUAUGCUUAUCGCGAAGUUUAAACCCUUAAAUCAGAAACUGAGGAUAUAUAGCUGAACUCCACACAGUUGAGGAAACUUGGUUUAUUAUUGAGCUGUCUAAUAUUGUGUAGUCGUCAGUAGUUCAAAGUCUGCGCACUCUCCUGCUACCCAACAGUCGGGCCGUAGCGAUGGCAGAUGCAGGUAACAGACCUAAAACGCUCAACUUUAACGUAGGUGUCCUCGGUCAUGUGGACAGCGGCAAAACGUCACUUGCCCGGGCAUUGAGCAGCACCGCAUCCACUGCAGCCUUCGACAAGAACCCUCAGUCCAAGGAACGGGGCAUCACUCUGGAUCUCGGGUUCAGUGCGUUCACUGUGCCUUUUCCCGAGCACCUGAGUCAAACCUGCGGGGACCGAAAAUAUGACAGUCUGCAGUUUACACUGGUGGACUGCCCGGGCCAUGCCUCCCUCAUACGCACCAUCAUCGGGGGUGCUCAGAUCAUCGAUCUGAUGAUGUUGGUGGUUGAUGUUGUCAAAGGCAUGCAAACGCAAACAGCAGAGUGCCUUCUGAUAGGCCAGCUCACCUGCUCCCAGAUGGUCGUCAUCCUCAACAAAAUAGACCUGUUGCCUAGUGACAAGAGACAGGGGGCAAUGGAUAAGAUGACCAAGAGAAUGCACAAAACUCUUGAGAACACUAGAUUUAAAGGCUGCCCUGUUAUUGCUGUGGCAGCUAAACCAGGUGGUCCUGAGGCCCCGGAUACAGAGGAGGCACAAGGAAUCUCUGAACUUAUAGAAUUGCUGAAGUCCCAGGCAUUCCUUCCUCAAAGAGAUCCAGCAGGUGCCCUUCUGAUGGCAGUAGAUCACUGCUUUUCCAUCCGUGGCCAGGGAACUGUCAUUACCGGCACCAUCCUGCAAGGGUCUGUCAACGUCAACGAUACUGUGGAGAUACCGGCUCUGAAGGUAACCCGCAAAGUAAAAUCUAUCCAGAUGUUCCGGAAACCAGUUCCCAGCGCCAUGCAAGGAGAUCGGGUUGGUGUGUGUGUGACGCAGUUUGACCCAAAACUAUUGGAACGAGGUGUAGUAUGCACACCAGGUUCCUUGCGAACUCUAUACGCUGCUGUCAUAUCUGUCCGAAAGAUCGAAUACUAUCGUGGAGUGCUAAGCAGCCGCGCCAAGUUCCACAUCACCGUUGGACACGAAACCGUCAUGGCGCGUAUUUCGUUCUUCCAUCGAGUGCCGCCUGAGAUUCAAAAUGGAGACUGUAUCCCUUCCUCUCAAAAGCAAUGCUUAGAUUUUUUCUCGUUUGAUUGGGAGUUUCACCACUUGGAUGAGUAUUUGACGUGUCCGGGAGAUGGUGAGAGGCAGGAGGUACAGCAAUGGGCGUUACUCGAGUUCGAACGGCCCGUCACGUGUCCGCCACUCUGCUUAGUAAUUGGCUCACGACUGGACUCGGAUAUUCAUGGCAACACAUGCAGGCUUGCCUUUCAUGGGAAGUUGUUGGAAGGGUUUGAAGACAAAAACUACAUGGAAACAGCACUGCCUCGACUUAAAAUUAGCAAAGACAAGCAGAAGGAAGGAGGAGUGGAACGGGUGACAGAUGACUACACUGUGAUUGGUCGGAACUUGUUUAAGAAGGAGACCAACCUUCAGCUCUUCGUGGGUUUAAAAGUUACACUGUCGACUGGAGAAACAGGGACCAUUGAAGGCGGCUUCGGCCAGAGCGGCAAGAUCAAAAUCCGGAUACCAGAGGGUCUGAAAGAAGAAACCAAGCAGCUUCUGUCCUCUUCCUCUAAGAAGAAGGGAAAGGGCGGGACCAAAAAUGAACCAUCCAAAUGUGAAGAAACCAAGCCUGAAUCUCAGCCUGUCACCAUUCACCUGAACUUCAAACGUUAUGUUUAUGACCCCCACAAAAAAAUGGUGCAAUCGUGACACUCAUAAUGAUCUUUCUGGGUGAGAUGAUUUGAGAAGAUCUGAAAGGGGAGGUUGCAGGAAUAAUCAUGUUCUGAGCAGAUGCUUAGUAUGAUGCUGAGCAUAUACUAGUAUAGAGUGAGUUGGCAACUCUUGUGUACGUUUUCUUUGUGCUAAGAGAUUCUUUUCUUAACUUUUAAUUUCAUUAUUCUUUUAUGUAAGGAAUAACAACAAUCAACAACAAUGUAAAGGGAUGUUCCUUCAGUACACACCAUCCUAUUCAAAGUCAUGCUGUCAUGCUAAUUUGCUAAUAAAAGCUAUAUUAGCUAAACUUGUGGAUUAGAAUUUAUUAUAAUAUCUAAAUGAGAGGAUUUGUAAGCAUAGUGAAAGGGGUUAGGCAAAUGUGCUGUAUGUUUAGGCAAAUAUUUAUCUGGCAAGUUACUUUCCACAUAGUCGUGGAAGUCGCGGCCCUAAUAGUUAGACAGUCGGACUCGUGACCAGAUCGUGACCAGAAGGUUGCCAGUUUGAUUCUCAGGGCCGGCGAGUAAGGACUGAGGUGCCCUUGAGCAAGGCACCUUAGGCCUUCUUGCUCCCCGGGCGCUGCAGUGAUGUACGUGUGUUCACGACUUGCUGUUCAUGUGUUCAUCACUCUCUGGAUGGGUUAAAUGCAGAGAUCACAUUUCGGGUAUGGGUCACCAUAUCUGACAAAUAGGUCAGUUUCACUUAACAAUUAUAAAUAUCAAUUUUUCCGUUCUACAACUCUUUGUGCGUGUGUGUGUCAUUGGGUCCGUUCUGAAUGUGGAAAUGUUUCUAAAUUUUUAAGCCAAUUAAAAAGGAAAAAGAGAAACAAAAAAAAAGAAAAGGGUGACUAAUAACCCAUACAACAAUAUUUUCAUUGUUUGUCAUUUUACAUUACAGAUUUGCAUAUCUAUUUCUGUUUCAUUAUGCCAAACUGUACUAAAAUACUAAAUUCCAUCUGUACUAUA